CGCAAUCGCAAGGUUGUUUACAUUUAGCCUCCCGAUUGUUAUGGCAGCUAACAUCGGACGCUUCAGCUUAGUCGUCGAUUAGCCCCGUACGGCGUCUUUUCCGUCGUUUUUCCGUGACGGGACACAUUUGUGCCGUACCCCAGGCUCAUUCGAUGCCAAUUCACCGCCUCCUGACAGCUGAAAUCGCUCCUGGAAAAUGACAGAAGACUCGACCUGUAGGGUGACAGAGGCCAUCCACGAAGUGUCACAGCUGGUGUGGGGACCCAACAUACGUCCGGAACUGUUUGCCAGGUGGUCACAAGGUUUUAUCUUCAGCAAAGAUGAGAAGACUGCUUUGAUUCAGACAAGUGGAGGGCCUUGUGCUGUCAUUGCACCUGUGCAGGCAUUUCUUCUAAAAAAUCUCAUAAAUGAGGUCCAAUAUUCACAGCUCAGGGAGGUUGACAGUACAACAGUGGACCAGUAUUUAGCUGUAGCCCUUACGGAGAUGCUGUGUCAGUGUAAACAGCCGUCCACGUUAGGGGUGCAAACUGGAGAUAAAUCAAAUUCACCCACCCAUUCCGGUGAUGGAAGUUCACCCUCAAGAAAAGAAGGCCCAUUUGCAAUUGCAUGUUUGGACGAUCCCCUGCCACAGACUAAUGACCAUUCAACCUCGAGCCUGCAUGAAGAAGAACCUUCACCAACUUUAAGUGCCAAAGAUUACAGCCUUUUUCAUUCCAGUGUUAGGUUACGACAGUUUGAAAGUGCACACACACUGCAAACCCACCUCGAAACUCAUCUAGACAAGUACAAAGCCCAGUAUGGUGUUCUUUUAUUUCUCUAUUCAGUUAUUUUGACCAAGGGAGUGAAAACUGUCAAUGAGGAACUUGGUGAUGUUGGUGAAAGUCUAAUUGAUGUGAGCCAAGGUCACGGUGGUCAGGGUCUCAUAAAUCUUUUAAUCACAGGUCAUGCAUCUUCCUAUGUCUGGGAUGAUGUGAAAGAUGUAGGGGGCCUGAGCCUAAUUGGCAUUUUAAAACGGCCGGCAGUAGGGUUCCUCACUCGGCUGGAACACCUUCGUUAUGUUCAGGUCGGCUGGUACCUGAAAAACCCUACCAACCCAGUCUGGGUCACAGCUUCUGAAACACACCUCACAGUUUUGUUUUCGUGGUGCAAGAAGUUGGUAACACCUGACUCAGAAGUGGAGAGAGCCAAGCAGGUUUUCAGCUGGUAUGACACGGAAGGCAAUCGCUUCAUCCAAAGAGAGAAGCUUAAAGAUGUUUUAGGGAAGCUUGAUCUAUGCACAGAUGAUGACUUUGUCCAGUUUAUGAUGAUGGAACUCGAUCCUGACAAUAUGGGUGUUAUUUUAUAUCAUAAGUUUGUUGAAACUUUUUUCUCUCCGGAACAAGCUUACUCACCACCUGACACAUUUCUUGUAUAUCAUUAUAAUGGUUUAGAAUCUUCAUGUCCGUCGAAUAAGAUUGCAUACGCAGAAGGUAGAGUCACAAUACAAGAAAGUCACGUUGGCUUCGCCCUGAGCAACAACGAGUUCCUAUCUUGCCUUACUACGAAAUGGCCUAACAUUGACAUACAGUGGUCUACCUUCACACCAUCCCUCAAUUAGCUUUUCUUCAGUGUUUCUGUUCUGGUUUUAAGUCAGUUUGCCAUGUGCUGAAUCACAAUUUUGCUGCUACUUUUACAAUUUUAGUAGUGUUAUCAUUUUUAAUUAAGUGCAUUGUAACAACAUUUUCAUGCUUCAGUUCUGAGACGCAUACUUUGAUUUUGUACGAAACGGAAAUCAUCAUUUCAUGAUGCAGUAUCAUUCCAGAGUUAUCUUCAUGUUGGGAAACUGCCAGAUUGAUCUCACGUGGUUGUUAUAGUAUUUAUGUCCUGUGUGAAGCUCGUGUCAGUAAUGGAGAAGGAUAUUGUUUGCUAUUUAGCAGACAUUAUUGCAUGGUCAUUAUACAGAAAUGUAGGCGUAAUUAAUUGGAAAGAAGCUGUAGGUGACUAUUAAAGUCAAAGUCAGAGGUCUUUAACUGUGUUAAUGUGAUUUUUUUUUUUUUUUUUUUUUUUCACUUUUUAAUUUCUUUUAACAUUUCUACAUAAACUAUUUUUUUUCCCGGCUGUCAUUCAUAUACUACGUACUCUAUACACUAUAUUUAAUCACUGCUGCAACUCUUAUUUUCUUUUAUCACAGAAUGAAAGAUGGUAAUAUUUAUCUCCAGUAUGCAUGUGUCAUCAGUCUUGCCCUUGUAUAUGGUGAUUAAUAUUUGUGAUUGGUGUUGAAAAAUCUUCAAAAUAUUAUAAUCAAAGUAGUACCAUCAUUUUCUAAGUAAGGUUCUUCAUAGACCUUUAAAAGAAAAAAAAAAGUGUGUAUAAUAUAAUGCAUCUACACAAACCCUCAUUUUCUACUUCUUUCAUGAUAGGCCUCUUGUUUGAUGAAAUGGUUAGAAAUUUGCCUGAAAAAAUGGGGAUGCAUAAGGUGUACAGUGACUGAAAUUUAAGUUAGAGUUUAGUUUUGUUGUUGCUGCACCAACCUUCAGGAGUAUUGCUUUUGAUACCAAGAAAAUUUUAGUUAAGAUCAACACUUAUAGGUUUGAAUAUGAGUUGAAUAGUAUAUUAUUGAAAAUUUUACCAGUUGUAUGUAUGUAAAAAUUUUUAUACCUAAUCAGUUUUGUAUGUUAUUUUAGCUGUUGACUGGCACCAAAACUUGUUUAUUCUAUUAUUUGACAAUGCAUUCUUGCUGCCUCUACUGCAGCGCCAGUACCUGUUUUGCUGGUAUUACAGUUUCUGAGUAAUUUAUAAUUACAAGGAAGUAAUGGAGAAUUAUGUUACAACUUACAGGAGUUAUUUUGAAUUCUUCAAAAUUAGUAGUAAUAGUUAAGUUCUAGUUUACGGUGCUGAAAGCCCGAGAGCGUCGCCUCCCUAAAUUAAUCAGUCACAGGAAUUUGUCUUUUUCACAAGAAAAUCAUCUGGAAGACGUUCAGAUAUUAAAGCUUAAUAAAAAAAAAAAAAAAAAAAACACUUGUCUUUGCGUCCAUCAAUACCAGCAGCUUUAUUUCCUGAUUCAGCAUGAUUUUAGUUGUAAAGAUUAGCAUUUCCUGAAUAAAUGCCAAGCUCACAAUUGAAAGGAGUAUGCAGGCCUGUCUGUUCUUUUUGCUGUUGGGACUGCAUAUCUUCACCUCAAAGAACGUGAAAACUUAUAGCAUUUUCUAAUGCCAAGGAGCUUAGAACCUGGGCACCAAGAUUUAAGAAAGUACUAACUAAUGGCAUACUUCACCUACUGAAGGACACACUACCCCGAAGGCUUAGAGCUUGUUGAUAUUGGAAAAACCUUCCCCUCCCAAGAAGGUGGCUCAAAAUCCACUUCAUUAGGACCAUGAAGUAUGUUCAUACCUUGUUAUGAAACGUUAAUGCUAAAGUCAUUCCAUUGACUGGCUAAGCAAGCUUCCACAAAACUGAGGACCAUAAAAUAGUCUUGGAUGAUAUAACUCAAUGACCUGUUACAGGUUUUGGGACAGCGGGAUUUUCAUGGACAGAAAAUAUCAAUUUUUUAAUCUUACCAAAUCUCAUCUCACUUUUCCCCUUGAUUUCAUGGGUGGUAGUGGUACAGGGAUUUAAUCAUAGCACUAAUUGUUGGAAGCUGUACGCUUUUGUAUAUCAAAUAAAACAAUUGAUAAGCUUUGAAUAAUUGUCAGUGACUCAUGUACUAAGCAAGGUUUAUGUUAAUUGUUACUCUACACAAAGUAAUGACUGUUUGCAUGUCUUUCCCGUAAUGAACAACGCUGAAGCCUGAAAGCAGAACUUCCCUAAUAUACUCAGCAUGUACUUAAAGCUUUACUCACUUUCAUGUGACUGCUGUCUGUCAGCUCUAAGUCCCAAUGUGCCUUAGAAGUGUGUCACCAAGGUACCUACCAAAAUCUAUUGUAGUUUUUAUUAGUUUUAGUAUGUUCUCGAAAAAAAAUUAAAAUGCCAGAAAUGUAGAACGAUUCUGUGCACGUUUAAACUUUUCUCCGCCACAAAGCAAGUGUUGCUGUUCUAAAUUUUGGGACUGCUUUAUUAGUCUUCGUAUUGUGCUGCAGGGACCCUUAUAAGGAAGCUAGGAUAAAGGAUGUUUUAUAUCACAGUAUUAUUUUUUAUUUUUAUUACUGAAAUGUCUAUCCUCCAAGUUGAUGCAUUUAGAAAGAAUGGAUUAUGAAACUUAAUCUAUAAAGCCGAACACGAGAGUACUUUAAGCCAUUCAGUGCUGAAGACAAUGAAAAAGAGGGAGUCAUAAUGGAGACAGCAUGAUAGAGAUCCAGAAAAUUCAUGAGAUGAAGUACAAUGCUCUAAAAGUGAAACUUGGAGAAAAUACCAGUUGAAAAAAGUGACAACUCAUAGGUCAUCAAGAGAAAAAGUUUGAUUCCAACCUGGUACUAUUUUUAAUUAAAGUUAAGUACCUUACGAUCUCAGUUCUGUAUCUUUCAGUUGUCUCCAUUUCACUCACAAUUUCUAAGUUCAAUGAGGUGGUUUACUUUUUCAGUUUAGGUGAUUCACCUUUGUGGUGUUUCAAAUUUCUUAGCCACUGAUCUCUUAUUUGUUAGAAGUGAUAGGAGUUUCAUUUAAUUUUAUUUCUGUCUUUUCACUUGACAAGGCUACUUCUUAACUGCUGAAAAGUUAUAUUUCCUGUUUUUAAGUCUACCAUACCAUAUUUGGGUAAACCACUGACCUAAUAUUCUUUUUUAUUUCAAUCUGAUUUAUGUGCCAACUAACUUUGUUAGUUGUAAUCCUUUGCAACAAAAUGCUAGUUUUUAUAUUUUUACUUAUUUUAAGACUCUAGUAAUAAUUUUUGCUUGUAUUCUUUGACGGAUAUUAAAACAGAAUAUUUCAACAGAAGCCAUUGUGUUAAUCCAGUAACUUACUGGAAUUUAUCCGUUACUUUCCGGGUAAUCUUACAGUCCCUCUGUUAAAAAUUGCCAUGACACUUGUAAAACUACCUUAAUUCUAACUCAUUAACAUCAUAAUCAUAAUUAAAACCCAUCAACUUUUCCAUCAAGUAGCUUUAAAUUCUACUUAGUCUUGUGUUUAACUAGGUUGCACUAAGUCGUCUCCCCCAAGACUGCUCCUUGUAACUUUGUGAUUAUUGCUUGUGUAUUUAAAAUGUGAGGUAUUUUUUUGGUAAGAAAAGGACUAUAUACACCUUUUCAGUACUGUCAGGUCACAAUAUACAUAUAUUUGCACCUAAAAACUGUAUAAUGCUACUUUCAUAUAAUUGAAAAAUUUACUUUAUCAAUAUACUUUUCAGCAAUCAAAUCUAUUCAUUGUUGUUCUACUUAUUGUUACUGCAACAGAAGGAAUGGCUGGGAAGGGAACUUAAGAGGUUUUAAUGGUGAAGAAAUUUCAACCAAUAAUGAGAAAGUCUUUUCUCAAUUAACAGUACCGACAAUAACUCUGUGGCACAUACUCUAGCCUCCUAUAAUUGAUGACCUGUUUAAUAUAUUGCAUAUUUACUAACAGGUCUGCAUAUUUAAUAACAGGUCAGCAUAUUUCUGUAUAAAAAAGCAAUGUACAUGUUUAUAUACAGUAAAAAUAAGUGACAUUGUGGCCAUUAUUGACUAAAUGUGUAAAUGGUGUAAAUUGUAGUUUGUUAAGCAAAAGGUCGCAGUUUAUGUUUGCAUCUGGCAAGAAUGCUAACAGAUUUCUGGUAUAAGAACCUCCAUUUGAGAACCAUUGUAACACUGUAUGUCAUCAUGAACAUUUAAGCUCUUUUGCAUAUUUCCUAAUACUACAGCAUCUUGCAUGGCCUCUACCAUAGGAUUUUUUAUUUACCAUUACCAAAACUGUGCAGGCAAAAUGCCAAGGCUCUUUUUCUCUGUUUUCAGCCAGAUUUUGUGAUCCUAACCCUUCAACUUGCAUUUCUCCAGCAGUACAGUUACAGUACUGCUUGAUAAGGAAGGUUGUAAGCACUAAAAUAACAGACAAGAUUGAUAUUUGACAGCUGAUGAGAGCUGGUAAUGUAUGGCUUUCAUAUAACUGCUUUUUGCAAAAACAAAAACAAAAAAACAAAAAAAAUCACCAUUCAUGAAAUUUUAUGUUGUGGAAUGCCUAAAGUGUGUUGUUGCAUGUAGGAAGUAUUAUGCAAAAUCAGUACUGGUAACCCUGUAUGACAAUAUAAUCUUAUUCUUACUAGAAAUAAGAAUAAUGGACCAGCUUGCUAUUCUAAUGUCGUAAUAAUAGUGCACAUAUUCGUAGUAAUUAAUAUCAAUAGAAAGCAGUUUUGUAUACUAUUUUUAUCCCAAAUAUUUUUACUUGAGAUUACAUUUUUCGUGCAGUUUUAUUCCAGUGAUUACCAGUAUUGUUUUUCAAAAUUUCCAUAACCUUUUCUCGAGUUGGGUCUUGCUUUGUAAGGGCUUACAUCAAGUUCAAUACUUUUUACUCCACUUUCUUUCUCUCUACUUGCUGCCUCGACAUGGCAAAUGUACUUGUUUUCCCAUCCCAUUGAACUCUUCAAAAUAAAAACCGUUUAUUUUUGUCCAUUAAUAAGCUUUCCAGUUACAAUUGCAUGUACAUAUCAUUAAUGGAAAAGUGUAAAUGUUUAAAUGAUGUUAGGUAACCUAAAAAAUUAAAAUCUGGGAACAUUAUCCACAGUAAGCCUGUAGUAAAUAGGGAGUUAAGUUCUUGUUUACUUGUCAAACUUUGCAGAAUACACUAUAGGAACCAAUGUGAUGUAUGUAGUUUUCAUUUUUAGACAAUGAUCACUCAUUUUCUUACAAAGUUAAACCUUUAUGACAUAUAUUAAAAUUAAUUUUGCUUCUUAAUAUCUUUUCAAAGAUAAUUUCAUUACUUCAAUUUGUUUUGUUAUGGACUGGCAUCACUAGUCAAUAAAUUUGACUUUUGCUAAAUCUUCUCAUUUCAUAAACAUGCUUUUAUUUGCAACAGAAUGAAAAUAUAUACAUAGUGGAAAGUAGUAGUCUGGUUCUGCACCUCAGGGUACAAUGAGAAGAAUAAAAUUUGUCUGGUAAAGAAAUAUGUUGACAACAUCUUGGAAAGCAGCAAGCAUAAGGCUCAUUAGAGCUCCAUUUCGGGAAGUAGUAGAGUCCCUUACACCAUUUUCCAGUCGAUAUCAAUGAAAACAUGAUACUCUAGAAUAAAAGAUUGAUGCAGUUAACUUUAAUUCCUUGAGUUAUUACUAUCCAAUAGUUUAACCAGACCACUAAACCUCACUUCUGGAAUCUCAAUUGGUGGGCCAAAAGAUCUGUUCUUUAAUAAGGGCUGAAAAGUUUGGGAAAGGAUGAAAAGUAAAUGGCAGAAAGCAAUGCAGCUGGAUGGCCGGUGAUAGCAAGGAUGCAGAAAAUGACAGUUAACACUAGCUGCAUUUGUACUUUGUAAAGUGCACCACACUAUACUUUGCAAGACAUUCUUCAUCAAUCUGCUUAAUUUUUGGCUUAUGUAAAAAUUACCAGAAAAUGACAGACUAACUUAUGCACAAAUUCAUCACACUAACACAAGUUAAAGUUGGUUAUAAGAACGGAUUCACUUUAAGUGAAAAGCUUUUGAUUCAACUAAUCUAGGAUAGUGAAUUUAGAGCCUCCCCAGCAGUCUGUGACACCCCACAUAUACCUGCCCUAGACAUCCAGUUGCCUUCAUUAAAGCCAGAUAUGUAUAGAGUACCCAAAGUAAUUUAGGGCUCUGGCUAUCAGGUCUCACAAACCCACAAGACUACAAUAUUAAAGAAUUCUUAGAAGAGUCCACGAUACAGUGAAAUCAAAGAGUCUGGAAUUCGAUGCUUUUCUAUAAAAAAACAGGGGAUAAAAGUGGCUACCUGUCAAACCUAUAUAGUGUCAAAGGAAAUUUUCAUUACAGAAGCCUUAUAAAUUUCACCACUCAGCUACAGAACCUGAUACAAAUUAUGUACUCAAACCUCUUAAUACUUAAUCCGACUGAAACUGGCUCAAAGAUGACAUGACGUGUCAAGGGUUUUAACUCGAUGGUCUUUUUAAAUGAAUUAAUAACAAUAAUUAAAAAAAUUCUUCAAAGAUCAUGAAUUCCCUAAUGUCAAACUGGUGCAAACAAUAAGUCUGUCUGAUGCUAUAACUUUCCAUAAAACUACCUAGGGCCAUGAGCACUUGAGAAAUGAGAAAUGGAAAGACAGAUUUUCUAAUGGUUGCUCCAAUAGUGUACAGAAUACUGUGCUCUUCAGUGGGUGUUUGAAUUCAUGGAUUCUUUGUUUCAAGGGCAUCUUUCUCUCAAUGAGUCUUCAUUUCACUUGACAUCACCUGUCAAAAAAUCGGGUGGUGUGUUGCUUGUGAAAACUUGCAUGAUUGUGGAAGUUUCAAGUAUUUACUUCUCCUAGACCAUAGCCAAAUGUUAAAUAGUGGGCACACUAAGAAUGCUAUGUAGAUCACAAUCAAUAUUCCAUAGAGGUCAUUCUACCAUAACGAGCAAAGAAAAGAAUAGUCUGCAUGUUAGUAUUCAUGAUUUUUUUUUUUUUUGACAACUUUGCAUAUUCUUGUUUGUCAAUUAUGCGUUGUGAUAUUUUGCAGUUUUUAUAAUAAAUGUAAUAUUGUU